AUUUUCUUUUAACAUUUCCUUAAAAAAAUACAACAUUAAUUUGAAAUGUUUUUUAUUGCAACCCUUUUGCAGACAACCCAAUAAAAUCAGCUGUGAUUGAGGAAGUCAUUCCUUUUGUUGAAGGAGGAACUGUAAUUCAAGCAACAGCCCUGAAUGAAAAGCUGUCUAAGACUUAUAAAGAUAUGGAUGUGGACGACUAUGUAAAAUGGGCUGGAACUAUAGUAGAUGCACCAGUCAUUAUAAAAUCCAAGGUACAAUUUUAAAUAUUUUUUGCACAUCCCAAGAAAAUACAGACCAUAGAUAUGAUAGUCAGGUUCAAUAAAAAUUAUUUUCUGAUUAUCUAUGAAAUAUUGCAAGAUAAAAACUUUUCAUACUCCAAUAGUUUCUAUACAGGAUAAACAAAAGAGUGAAAAAUAAACAAAAUUGCUUUUUACCAAAAGAUAAAUGUAAAUUUUUUUAUACUAAUAAUAAUUAUUGAUUUCUGUAGCCGAGCACUAGUUUAACAUAGGUUUUCCUCUGCUGGUAUUCCAACAGCUACUCAGGAACAAGCAGGAUAUUAUAAGAAGCACAGCAUAAGUAGUAAAUAAAUCCACAAAUCUCCCAUCGCCCUUCCCAAUAACUGGACGACACUCAGUAUCAGAUGCAGAACAAAUUUUUAAUGCCACGCACUAUGCUUUUAUGCAAUUCUCCCAUGCAAGGGAGACACCCACAGAAAAUUAGGAAUUAUCCAAUCACUAGCUGGUUACAGUACACAUAUUCCCUCCCCUCAACCUGAGAGAUAACUUAAUUAUCUGUACAUUUUAAACACACAUUUUUCCCCAAUUCUUAGAUGUACCCCAAAACUAUAACCUACACGCAUAAUUCACAUAUCCCCUGAUAUCCCCGAUCUGGGUGAGCAACAUACUGAAAAAUCACCCACAGGGGUUCAUGAAUUUCCUGGAGGUCUUAGUUUUACCGACUGCACACGAGGUGUAUGCCCAAAAUAGUUCCACAUGAAAGGGCUGUGCGGUCUGUCUUUGUUUUGACUAGCCAAAACAUGCAAAAUCCCAGGGUUAAGGCAUUCGUGACUUAGUUCGGCAUAAUCCCCUUGUUCGUAUACCGAUUCUCAGAAACUACCAUUUCGUUUGGUUGGAUUUUCACAAACUUCCAUGAGGUUGGAUGUUUUAAUGGUGUUCGUGCCUUCGAGUGUCCGAUUUGGGUUCCAGACACUCGACGACCAAACACCGCUGGUGUCAUUCGUAUGCCAAGAUGGCCGCCGCCACAUGUUCGUCUAUACGAAUGACGGCCACCCUGAAGUUUACACAGGGGUUCGGGCAUUUGCAGUUAAGUAGGUAUGCUGAAGGUUAACGGGGUCAAUUGGUGCCACACUCCACUCCUGGGUGGCCGGGUUGUUAGGUACUUUGUUUGUUUUGACGAACCAUAUAGGUGAAUCCAAUAUAACUGAUGUUAAUACCGAACAAAAAAACGAAAUAACAUAGGAACACAGUGUUACAUUAGAGCGAUACAAGUUAACAGAAUAAACAUACACACACAGUGGUAUGGACAGCCUCUAGUACCAAAACGGGAUACGGACCUAUAGCCCAUUUUACUACACUUUCCAUGUAUAAAUAUUUUUUUAAUGCAGUAUGUAAUUGCCCUGAUACUUAUUAGAUUAAUCAUGUUGUCUGAAUUUUCAUAAUGCAUUUACUGUUAGGAAUGGGUAUACAUUGUACCACUGUUUUUUAUUUUGUUUGCUCACUAUGAUUUUUAUGUUACCAGACAUCUCCAAUUUACACUCUAAUUCCACCUGAUCUGAAAGAUGCCUACACAAAGUCAAAGAACUUGGAACGAGCAAUUGAAGAUUACCUUGAGGAAAACAGUGUGUGCAAAUGCCAGCCUUGUCAAAAUGGUGGCACAGUAAUUGUGUUAGAUGGCGAAUGUGUUUGUAAAUGCCAAAGACAUUAUACUGGAGUGGCAUGCCAGACACCAAAAUCUGAUAUUUUACCUAGUAAGUAAUUUGCAACCAUUUUAUUGUAUAUUAAUGUGUACAGGUUGUAUGUUUAUUUAUACAUAGCACACAGAUGGUACUCCCUGCCCACUCCCAAUAUAACAAUUGAUGCACUGCACUGCCUUUUUGACACAAAACUCUGAGAUUCUUUUCACUCCAAACUGCAAUUUGGGCGGACUCACGCUGAUUGGGUGAUCAGCAGAGCAUGGGCAAGGAUUUCUGGCUACACAGGCACAGAUGCAUUUUGCUGCCACCCCCAACCACCAAAAAAAUGUUCCUUUGUGUUUCUUAUUCCCUUUUUUGAAUGUUGACCCCCUUUAGUGUACCAUAUGCCACAUUUUUCUCCUUUGUGUGUUUUACACUCCCUUGUGUGUUACUUUUACACCCCCUUGUGUGUCUCUUACUGGCUUUUAGCCACUCUGUGUGUCUCUUACUCUCAUCAGCCCUUUUGUGUGUCUCAUGCUUACUCCCAGUCACUUUGUGUGUCUUUUACUCCCCCUGACACAAUUGUAUGUCUCUUUCUCCCCUAAAUUCCUUCGUGUGUCUUUUUCUCCCCUUAUCCCCUUUGUAUGUCUCUUUCUCUCCACAGCCUCUUCGUGUGUUCCUUUCUCAUCCCCAGCCAUUUUAUAUGUCUCUUUCUCCCCCCACGUACCAUAUAUGUCUAUUUCUCUCUGACCCCACAUCCCUUUGUAGAUUCUUCCUCAGCUUACAUCUAAUUUGUAGCGUGGCCAUGUGGACUGAUGUAGAGGGUCUUCUGUAUUCUCUACCCGGUCUGACAGGAAGCUGUUUGUUGCUCAUAACGAGCAGCUUCCUAUUAAAAUAGACAGAGGAUACAGAAGAUCUCUUGCUAGGGUCUGCACAGUCAUACUACAUGAAGUGAUUGGCAGGAGGGGGAGUACUGUGUAUUCUUCUCCUGAGUGUCACCCGGAAGUUGCGGCUCCCGGGCCAGUGCACCUUAAGGGAGUUGCAUGUGUAGCUUUAUGGUUACGCUAGCACUGGUGAUCAGGGGUUCAGAUUUCAGAGCCACAACAUUAUUAUUAUUAUUUUAUUAUUUAUAUAGCGCCAGCAAAGUCCAUAGCUGCCAAUUGGCUGCCAGAACAUUGGGGAAACCAAUUCACCCAGUAGUGUGUAGUGUAGUGUGACUAAAUGGUGUUUUACCAUCAGCUGCUACCAACUGUGUCCACAGAGGUAGGAGGGGCUGUAAGCAAAGCUGGGAGAAACCACUACACUGAAAGGCAUUUGAAAAAAUGGGGAUCAGCUGCAGUAUGAGUAAUUUAAUUUGAUAACGUCUUUAAAAAAAAAAUUAAAAAAAAAAAUGAAUGGGCAAUUGAUAACCCAGUCAUCAGUUCAACUUUUCUAUUUUUUUUAAAAAAUCCCCCUUUUUUUCAAUUAAAUGACUUUUGCUUUUGCUUUAAAAAAUAAAUUUAAAAAAUGGAGGGGCUGUCUCUGAAGCUUAAAACAGGAAAGUUUUGUUCCUGUCAGGAUGGAAGGGGUUACAGGGUGGUCAAUUGCUUUUGACUUUUUUUUCUUUAAUGUUUGGAUAAAUCACUUAUUUUCACCUUAAAAUGUCCUCUGUUUUUAAUUUUUCAUUAAUACAAGAUAGCAAAAUGAAAAAGAUUAAACCCUAUCAUUAAAAAAACGUGCAUGAAUUGUUUGUCAGCACAGUUGUAGACAGCAUUUUUCCUGCUGUUCUGGCUGUUCAAAUAGCUUUCCAUUUUUUUUUGAGGUACUGAAAUUUGUCAGAGCAAAUUUUUUAGACCCACAGUUUAUGGGGGUUUUUUGAGUUCCAGAAGAAUCAAAAUGGUCCAGGCAUGGAUACAAAAGUAAUCCACCACAGGCCAACAAAUGUACCAACUUCUAGAUGUGUCUUUUGACCUCCUGUAAAAGUACAACCAUCUAUAUUUUUAUUUCAGAGCAACCUGGUGGACGAUAUAAAAAGAUUAAAAGCUCACACAAAUGUUUGUUGUUGGAAUGAUAUUUUUAUUUAGAGUUUGUGUUGGUAAGAUAGUCACAUCUACACUAGAUGAAUACAGAUCCAAAUUCACACUAAAAUGAAAUAAAACUUUCAUUUAUUUACUCUUUAUCAGUUCACAUGCAAAAACGGUUGUGUUUCAUGGAAUAUUUCACUGUAGUCCUUUUUUUUUUGUGAAAUGCAAUAAUUUGUUUCCACAGAUUCAAAACCUCAGGUGGAUGGGAGAUGGAGUUGUUGGUCUCCUUCAUCUUGCAAAAAUGGAGAAAUAACUCUAACACGUCAAUGCAAUAACCCUGCUGCGCAAAAUGGGGGUCAAUCAUGCCAUGGAGAAAACAGAAAAUCCGUGCCAUGUUGAUUAACAUGAAUUUCUCUCUAUAAGCAAGCUUCAAGGGACAGAGCACUAAGUAUGUGACUAAGAACAUAAAAUAUUGCAAGGAUUAAUAAAAUGAACAGCAAAAUAAUUGACUACAUCUUGUCAAUAAACUUAAAAUCUUAAAUUGCAACCCCUCCGAAUAAAAGAAAAUAAAUGAAAUAUUGUUUUUGACUUGUGAAAUAAAGACCAUAUCUGCGACAA